AUGGAGGUGGACGGAGAGGAGGCAGUAUAUGGCAACAAAGAUGGCUAUCGCCUUAGCUGCGAUCCGCCCACAUUCGACGUGACGGUAACUCCCUCGCCACGACGUCGCCGGCUACUCCUAUCGACCGAUAGCGCCUUCGCCGAGACCGUACUUCCGUCGUUGAUUCAGAACCCAUACAUCGAGCUGCGCUUGAUUACCGACGAACCCUCGGCUUUGCUGGCUGGCACGAACAAGAUUCCUCAUUACAUGGAUACGGUGGAUGGACAAACGUUUGAUAAAAAGACUGGGGCACGGAAAUGGCUUAAAGCAAAGACUGCUGAGCUCUGCGAGUGGGCUGAUAUGCUGCUUGUUGCCCCCAUUGACGCUGGGGCCUUUGGAUCUAUGCUGGCGGGGUUAACAAACACCUUGACUUUGGCGCUUUUACGUGGCUGGGUCUCAACCAAGCCCGUUAUUCUCAUCCCAGGGAUGACCGUCUCAGAAUGGGAGAAUCCAUUGACUCGCCGACAGCUAGACGAGCUCCGUCGGUACUGGACGUGGGUAUACAUCGUGAAGCCCGUACUUUGGAAGUCAAACGGGCCUGAGGAUUUGACGACUUUGCCAUGGGACGGGUUGAAAGACUUAAAUACCACACUUCGACUAACGUUAAACAUACCCUCGGUGGCUGCAUCUAUGGCUGCUGCAUCUUCAGCAAAGGGCAAAUCUGCCGCGACCCAAUCAACUUCAAAAGGGACCCAAUCAUCAGAUUCUGGCAGCAACACCAUAUCAGCCUUACAACAUCUGCAGCCUCACUGGCCAACUUCCGAAAGUAAAUCACAGUCCCUUCCGUUCGAAAUUUGGCUUAAUAUCUUUGAGGAACAGUUGGGAGAUUGGGAAACCGCCAAAGCCGUUGGAAUCCCAACCCAUCUUGCUGUUCCUCAAGAGUGGCAAAGCCACUUAUUGAAAAUGUCCACCCCUGCUUCCCUUGAAUACACAAUCCUCCGAGGCUCCUUUGCCGCCAUAAAGAAGCGCAUUGACGCACUUCCUCGUUGGAAACCUUUGUCAGACCUUGCCUGUCAUCUCAUCGUGAAAUUCUCGCGAACGGAUAUCCUGUCCUACCUCACUGAAAACCACCUCGACCUUUUGUGGACGACCUCCCGUCUCACUAACAUUCCUUAUCGUGCAUCUGCAAUUUACGGCAAUCCCACCGUUUUGACCUGGUGGCGCGAUGCCCCUGCACUUCCCAAUAAAGAGUACAUGGCUGAUGCCAUGGAUGGUGCGUCCAGAGCUGGGUUCAUCCAUGUUCUAGACUGGUGGCUUCAUUCGGGACUACCACUUCGAUACAGCGAACGAGCGCUCGAAUCUGCUAGUGCCGAGGGCCGGGUUGCAGUUCUUGACUGGUGGAAAACAGCCUCUACCAACGCUCCACGCAACAGGCCCAUUGUAAUGAAAGUUGGAAAGUCAGUCCUUCUCGCUGCACAGUCUGGUCGCACGGCAUCAUUAGCAUGGUGGGAUGCAUCAGGAAUACCAUAUAGCCACGCCGAAAAUGUUGCUCGGAUUGCUAGUACGCAUGGCCAUGUGCACGUGCUUGAUUUCUGGUACCGUUUGAAGGGCCCAAAAAUGAUCUUCGACAAUCAAGUACUUGUCGGUCCAACCAAGAACGGCCAUGACCAUGUUCUACAAUGGUGGAAAGACUGCGGUCUUCGUGUCGAGUUUAAAACCUGCGACAUUGAAGAAGCCCUGGAGGACGCAGUCUCCGGUGCCGAUGUCCGCGUACGCGCGUGGUGGGAACGUAACGGCCUCAACCUAGGCCUUGGAACAAGAGAAUGGAUGAAGCCAAAAGUGCUUUAA